AUGAAGAAAAUACUCUGUGCAUCUGCAAAAGAUACUACUGCUAUCAAAAGCUGGUUUAGCACUUCAGCAGACUCUCUGGUUCCAGAUGACAAGAGAAAUGAAGACAAGACAGGAGAAACAAAUGAUGUUGCAUCAUCAGGAAAGGCCAAAAGGAGAUUUCCAGAUUUUGGGGGUUUACGGAAAUCUGGUGGUAAAGGCAAGAAACAAGAGAAGGAAAAUCCAAGGAGGUCUCUGGAUAGCCGAGGCUCCCGAGAGUUAUUGGAAGACUCUGGCAACAAUCAAUCUGCAUCAGAUUCAGACUCUCCUGUUCCUACUUGCAUACCUUUCUCUUGGUUUGGGGACAGUCACAAAGAGCCUCAGGUUUCCAGUAGCAGUCCAACCUUUUCUCAGAGUGGGCAGGCCACUGUAUUCGAACAGGGUCAAGAGAAAAACAGAAGCAAGAGUAGAAUUGUCAUAGAUGAUUCAUACCAUAGCAGGCCAAGUUGUGAUCUGUCAGUGUUAGUGACAGAACCAAAUCUGUCAGGGCGUUCACACACUUUAACCUUCUCUUCAAAUGAGGCACUAGAUGAUGAAUGUGCAGCAACAGGAAAACAAAAUCAGUGGCAUAGUAGAUCAAUUUCAGAGUGGACAACCCAACAGGUAUGCCAUUGGUUGAUGGGGAUGAACAUGGAGCAAUAUAUUGCAGAGUUUACUGCCAAGAAUAUAGAUGGACAGCAAUUAAUGCUGCUUGACAGUGAUAAGCUAAAGGCUCUGGGGGUUUCCAGCCAAAACGACCGAUCCACAAUAAAGAAGAAAAUUAAGGAUAUUAAAAAAACACAAGAAAAACUGGAAAAACAGAAAGAAAAAGGUCAAAAGAAGGAAAGAGAAGUUCGCAAGAGUGGCAGAGUGGUAGCUGCUGUAGAAUCAAGCUGUUAAAAUCAUCUGGUUUUAUUUUAGCACAGACUUACUUCAGCUUGAAGUGCAACAAAAUUGUAUAUACUUGUACAAUUGGGGAGGUAAAGUGCAACAGUUUAACAUGGUAGGUUAUUUACUUUAAUUUCUGUAUUCCCUCCCCACUACAUGUUCCAUUAAAAUGAAAUAAUGUUUUCAGUAUUUUAUCUAGUUGACUCUGCCUGUACUAAUAGACAAUAAUUUAACUUUCUGCCUUAAAUACUGUGCAUGCUUUUAUGACUGAUAUGUAAAAAUACCAUAUCCCUGAAAUAUCCAUUGAAACUUACGUUUGUGGAAAGUGGGAUGUCAUGUUUGGGGCGAGGGGGAAAGGGUAUUCAUUCAAAUAUUAGCCGACUCUUACAGUUGACUUAAACUAUAAAUAUUGGGUUUAAUCUGAUAUAUGGACAAUAGAAAAUCCUGCCAUCAAGUUCAGUGUGACACUGUUUAUCUGUUGCCACUAGUGUUGUAUAGUGAAAAAUUAAGUUCUAAGAAAACAGCAAUGUCAAAUUUA